AUGGAAUCUGAUCCACUGUCCCGCACAUAUCAUCGGUCAAAUUCUUCAAGGUGCAUACAGAACUCGUUGGAUCGAGAUGAGGAAGAACUAAAUAUUAAAUGUGAGCAUAUAUUGCGGAAAUGUAGGCUUAAUGAAAUAUUGGAAGAAUCAAACUCUGAAUCUGUGGAAGUCGAUGGUGUUCCACCGUUUGAAAGCUUCUUUCGAUUUAGCAGUGAAGAAUUAAGAAAAAAAUUCCUCAGUGAUAUAAAGGUUGGAGAUUUAUUAUUCGUUCGAGUGCGUCGUGUAGAGAUUGCAGCUCUAUUUGUUGAACCAAUAUGCAUGCUUAAACCAUUUCGAAGAAUUCUAAGUCUUAUUAGAAAUUUCCAAAUUAUAAUUAGUCGUAGUGUUGAAGAUGGGCGCGAUUAUAGAGUGAAUGAUCGGCUUAAAGCUGUUGUUGUGGAAUGCGAUGGUUUCCAGGACCUUAAACUCGAGGUCGCAAGUGAGUCCGUUCCUUACUCCGAGCAUCAGUUGCCGGCAUAUUUUAGGAAUUUCGAAAAUAUGAAAGAAGGCACCACUUUUGAUGAAUAUCUAGCAAGAAGUGAAGCUAUCACAAAUCCUAAUUUAGAUCGAUUGUUUAUGAUCGAUGCAAAUAGAAGUGUAUCACUGCUACCAGAAUUAAAAGAUGUCGAUUUUUCUUCGAAACGAUGCGCGCCAUAUAUUCGUAAGAAACAAAAUCAAGUUCUUUCGAUGGAUUUUGCACAAAAAGGAGUUGAUCAGAUCCGUGAAGGCAAUUUAAAAAAAGCUAUCCACUUCUUCGAUCAAGCUCUGAAUACUGAUAAUAAGAAUGUCGAGGCCCUUGUUGGUCGUGCAGCAGCGUAUGCGAAUAUGAAACAAUUCAUUCAGUCCGAACAUGAUCUCGAUGUUGCUCUUAAACUUGAUAGUAAUCAUAAAAAUGCACAGUUAUACAUGGUUGAAAUCCUGUUAAAACUGGCGCAACAGCUAGAAGAGCAACAUAAGUUAGAUGAUGCCAAGUUAAAACUAAAGAAGCUUUUGACAAUAAAAGAUGACAAUCGAGCUCUCGAGUAUAUGCAAUCGCUGAACAAGAAAAAGUAG